CCCCCCUCCCCGCCUUCCGAUUUCGAUACCAUGGGUACGAGCAGAUCGAGGAGAACGGCGGGGCUUCGUCGUUUCUCGAGGAACUCUCCGCCGGCUUUCCAGAGUUAUCGGAAACCCGGAGAUUUGACAGAUGGAAAAAGAAAGGGAAAGAAAAGAAAAAUAAAAAGAAAGGGAACAAAGAAAAGAGGAAGAAAAAGAAGAGAGCCUGAGAGCUUCCACAGGAGGAUCUGUAGCGAGGCAGAAAGGACUGAAAGGCCUCUGCGGUGGUUCCGGUCCAUACUCCAUCUUCAUCACGGGUAAGAAGGCGCGACGACGCGUGAGACACUGACACGGGAGGGAGAACAGGCGGGCAGCCACACCGUCACUGACCGCGGAGCGGGCGUUCCGUGUCCACGACAGAACAGAGAAAGCUUCUGUGGGCUCGGGACGGUACGGGGGUUUAGGAGUCAACCCGGCAGAGGCGGACGGAAAAGGCGCGUGGCUGGCCGUUCGUGACGCCAAAAUUCGCGCUUAUUCGUACUACUGCGUAUAUACGUGGGAGAGGUCACGGGCCUGUCGGCAAAGAGGCGUGUUUUCACUCACUUUUUUUUUCUUCUUCUCUGACGGUUGACUUUGAGUGGUCGCAGGAGACCGGGUAUCCAUGGUAUUCACGGUGCCCACCUCGGGGUGGAGUUGUCCCAUCAAAGUGGGCAAAGAUGCAAGACCACGACAUCGGACAUGGUAUCUCGGUGGACUCGGAGACGUCUGUUUUUUUUCCCUCUCCUUCGCCUGGGAGACAUGGACCGCGGUCGUCCCUUAAAAGAUUCUGGACGACUAGGGGGGUCCUCUGUUUCGGGAACCUUUUGGUGUGGGGGAGCAUUCCACCGGCAACGUCGAUUGGCGACAGAGAGGAAAGCGGAGCGCCAAUGGUUCAUGCAAUCGCCGCCAUUGGCCGUACCGAGAUUAUUAUUUUCCUAGGCACGGAGGUAUGGGUUGUGGAUAUUCCAAGCGUUGUCGCUAUUGUUUUAGCGAAGGGUAAGAAGAGAAAGAAAAGGAAAAGAAAAAAGAGCCUCGUCCCGUUUCGCAGCAUGUCGAGUUUGGUAGCAUCGGCCAAGCACGGGCGCCGGGUCCGACUCUCGCAUUUUCGUCAUACGUCAGGCCCCCUUUGGAUCGAUCAGGUAGUACUCCAUAGUAUCGACCUUUCGGAAUUUGCGACCAGGGGGGUGUUUGUUUAUUGACGGGUUAGUACACUACAUACUAGGGAG